CAUUAUGGGAAGCAUUCUUUCUUCUUUCUUCCUUGUUACAACAGGGAAGCUUCUCCUUCCACGCUUGGGUCGUUGGCUGCUCUCCCAAGCCCUCUUUUGACCUAAUUCUGUGUCCUCUGGUCAUGGCGGACUUUUGAAGAAUUUAGGGUUCUUUUUUCUCUAAAGCUGCCGUCUCAUCUUUAUCUUUAUAAACUAUCUGCCCCCUUCUUUCUACAACGGCGACUUCCAUUUCUAUUCACCCAGAUUUUAGUAAAUUGAGGAUUCAAGAACAAGAAUGCGUGCGCCUUCACUUCUUUCUCAAUGUUUGAUGGGUUUGAUAACCCAUGAUAAGACCGGCCAUGGAUUAUCCAUAGCUUCUGAAAGGGAUUCUAAUUUUCCUUCACCUGCGGUCGAGAUUGCCCCUUCGAAGAGUGCUCAUUCCUACAAGUAUGCAGGGGAGAAUGUUGAUUUACAGGGCAUCAACAUCUUUAAGGGAAGAGUUAGUGUGGCUGAUAUCAUUGGUUUUUCGAGUUUAGAAACAAUAUCUUCAAAACAUGAUGGAUAUUUAAAAUCUUGGGAAAGUUCGUUCGAUCUUGUAAACAUUCUCAAACAUGAAAUUCGUGAUGGGCAGUUGAGUUUUAGAGGAAAACGUGUUUUGGAGCUUAGCUGUGGAUAUGGCCUUCCUGGAAUAUUUGCUUGCUUGAAGGGUGCAGCCACUGUCCAUUUCCAGGACCUAAAUGCUGAAGCCAUAAGAUGCACAACCAUUCCCAAUGUUCUCGCAAAUCUGGAACAGGCUCGAGAUAGAAAGACACGUCAGCCGGAGAGUCCUCUUACUCCGUCUCGACAGCAGUUAGCUCCUGAUGUCCAUUUCUAUGCCGGCGACUGGGCUGAGCUUCACACGGUCUUAUCUGUCAUAGGAAUAGACUGUUCUGAUCCUGCUGCCGGUAUGUGUCUCAGCUUUUCGGAGGAGGAUUUGAUGGAUGGUUACAGUAGCCAGGAUGGCAGCAUUAUAGGCCUAGAAGCACCGAGCAAUAGAAGGUCGAGGAAGCUCUCUGGAAGCCGCGCAUGGGAGAGGGCGAGCGAAGCGGAUCAAGGAGAUGGAGGAUAUGAUAUUAUCUUAAUCACUGAGAUACCAUACUCAGCCAGCUCUCUCAAGAAGCUUUAUAGACUCAUAACCAAGUGCCUGAGGCCGCCAUACGGCGUGCUCUAUCUGGCUGCGAAGAAGAAUUUCGUCGGCACCAACGGAGCUGCGAAGCAGCUGAGAGCUCUGAUGGAUGACGAAGGUCUUUUUGGUUCGCAUCUGUUAACAGAGCUCUCUGACAGAGAGAUUUGGAAGUUCUUCUUCCUCAAGUAAAAGAAAAUUACAGAAUGUACACCCUCUAAUCUCUGUAAAUAACAUUUCUGCACUUCUUCAUACAUUGUCUGUGAGUUCUUAUAGUUUAGGUUAGUUUUGAAAA